AUGUUAGCGCUAUUGCUCUUUAUUGUCUGCUGUGUUUCCCAUGAUCCGAGUAACAUGGCCUUUUAUAUUGACCCCGAUAAAAUCACAUUUGAGACAAUUCAUGAAAACACAAAGACCCUGUUUUCUCUUUUCAACAGUCGUUUUACUUUAGACUAUCCCUCAGAUGAGGCUCACAACAAAGCCUUGCUGUCUUUCGCGAAAAAUCUAGCACACCACAAUGCGACCCAUGCGAGGGACACGGACCACCUGGACGAAUUGUUGAGGUAUACAGAUGGAUAUGCAACAUAUGGGCUGACAUCAGCCUUUGCCAGAGACCCAACUGAGCCCAUGAAGGGAUUUGUCCAGGACACCGGUGUCCCCGAGUACGACUUGAGCAGCUUUAAGGACAGAAUACGCUCAAGAUUGAAUCUGUUCAAGGAAGCAGCCGCUUAUCAGCUCAAGGUCAUCUACUCUGCACUAGUGUCGGCUGCACUUCCGGCCCCUCGAAGUGGAUGCACUACGAUGUACAUACGGCAAAACCCCCUUUCUCCUUUAUCAUCGAUUCCGUUGUCUGCGGAUUUGCGCGAAUUCGAGGUUAUAGGAAAGGUUCGCAACCAGGGGGUCUGCGGGUGCUGCUGGGCAAUGGCCUCAGCUGUCAUGCUAGAGGGUAUGACCCGGUCCACACAAAGUUACUUUAAAGACAAAACGGAAGUUGACAACACGUUCAAAGAUGUAGACCUUAUUGUUUCCGAGCAGUACAUAAUGAACAACUCUCGCAGCUCUAUCAACAACUUCUGUGAAGGUGGAAACUACAGGAUCACAUCGAUGGAUUAUGCCAAUGAAAACAUAGUUAAGACAGUGGAGUCUGAAAAGAAUUUUCCACUAGAAUCGACUCACUUGGAGAAGAAUCCAUCAAGAAUUGACGUUAUAGCUAAUUUCAAAGUGUCCAAGGCCUUCUUGCCUUACAACACAGAGACAGUGACAGGGACCAACUGCAAAAGGUCUAUCAUUAAGCUGCUGGACAAGAUGCAGACCUCGUCGCCAAUGACAAACGGGGCCGUCAAUCAAAUCAAGUCUUACCUUGCACGGGGGAUCCCUGUUGCCGCGGCCAUGUUUACGGGGGCAGACGGGCCUCUGUCCUCACGAGACUUCAGCAACUACAAGGGCGGCAUUUUCAAUAAGCCGUGCAGCAAAACAGGGCUUGACCACCAAGUCAUGUUUGCGGGAUAUGGAUAUUACCAGGGAGUUGAGGUCUGGGUCAUGCGCAACUCCUGGGGAGAACAGUGGGGGUCAUACGGCCACUUCUACACACCGAUAGGCAACAACGUUCUUUGCUCUGAGACGUACGCAUAUACAGACAUACCACAGUACUUUCCAUUAGACAAAGCUGAUAAGGACAAGCCAUACACAGAAAGGCAAAAAACGAAAGCUUCUACCUACUGGGCGAGAAAAUUAAAACGUGGAGAUGGUGUAGCCCUCGACUCAGACCCCUCUACGAUACCACCAGCCAGUCCAGGCAAUGAUAAUGACAUAUAUGUUCCGAGAGGGAAGAUCAUUUCGUCUUCAAGCAGUGGAACUAGUAGUAGCAGCAGUAGCACUACUAUCACGGGCAAGUUUAAACUUUCAAUCCCGAGUAUUAUCAUGAUUGUGACGGGCAUCCUGGGGAGCGCAGGCGUUGCAGGCAUUAUCGCAAAGUUCACCUGCUGCAGGAAGUAG